AUGAAAAUUGUUACAAAUUUACUUCUUAUUUUUAUAAUUUUUGUUAGUCAGAAGUUAGUAUUGUCAUUUGAAGAUUCAGAAGAUACUUAUUUAAAGACUAAAUCUUUUAAUACUAUUGGCACAAGAAAUUGUACCUCUAUUACAAAUGGUAACGCCUACCUUGAUAUUGUAGUUGUUUUUGAUACAUCAAAAGGUGUUGAUGAGUUAGGAUUUAAUGGUGAAAAAGGUAGUUUAAUUACAAUUUUAAGUGCAUUAAAAAUUGGACAAGGGGCAAAAAGUCAAAUAUCUCGUUUAUCAAUUAUAACAGCAGCAGCUGAAGCAAAAAUAAUUAGUGAUUUAAAUAAAUACAGUUCUACAAAUGAUGCCGUUAGAGAUAUUAUGCAAAUUCAAUUUUCAAGUAAUACAAAUGAAGAAUUUGAUACAGAAAAAGCUUUGAAAGCUGCAGAAAAAGUUAUUGAAACAACUGGUCGUGGUGAUAAUUUUAAAAAAGUUAUUUUGUUAUAUACUUCAGCAACUGAUUAUGAUUGUUCUGAGGAACAAGUCUUUGCUGUAUCAGAUGAAUCACCAUGUAGAACAGCAGCUAAUCUUAAAAAUAAAGGAUAUUAUAUCAUAACUGCUGCUUUACAAUUUAAAGAUGGUGUUUAUAAUCCACCAGCAAAAAGUAUUGCUUCUCCUUGUUUCGCUGUUACUGUAAAAAAUUUACCUAAUCAAUUUGUUGAAAUGUUUACUUAUGCUAAUUGUUUUUGUGAAAGUGUUUUUCUACAAUAUUUUAAUGCAGAUACAUGUUAUAAAGCUGCUGAAUGUUUAUACCUUGAAAAUACACCAACAGGAUACACUAUGGCUCAAAAAGUUGCAAGUUUAGCAAAUGGUACAUUAGUAGAUAUUAGAGAUGAACAAAAAGAAAACUUUAUUAUAAAAAUUGCAAAUUAUUCAUUACCUGUCUUUAUUGGUCUUAAUCAAUUAAAAACUCUUGGAAAAUGGACAUGGGAUACAGGAUAUGCUUUUGAUAACUCUUAUAAUAAAUUUUCUAAUGGUGAAGAAAAUAAAAAAGGUAUGUGUGUAACAUUAAAUUCAGAUGGAUUAUGGUAUACAACUGAUUGUAGUCCAUAUUUAAAUCCAAAACCAUAUAUUUAUCAAGUUAAUGCAUGUGAUGCUGGCAAUUUCUGCGCUGGUGAUACAUAA